UUCAAUUAUACUUAUAUUGUGAAAGUACAGUUUACUGUCUGUAGAUUGAUACUCUCUCUCUCUCUUGCUCGCUCGCUCACUUCCACUAUCUCCUCGGACUCGUCAUCCUCUCAGGCAACACAUAUUGUUCUCGUUGGCAGUUCUGGGGAAGUGAAGGGACUGAUCUUGAUCUGCUAUCAAGAUGGUUAAUGCUCUCUAGCUGAACCAAUCUCUAGCAUCCUAAUGAUCAUGAGAGGAGUAAGAUGAACCCAAUUCCAAGAGGAGGAGGAGGAGGAGGAGGAGGAGGAGGAGGAGGAGGUUUUCAAUCAGCGAAGCAAGAGGAAGAAAAGAAUGAGACCAGCAGGAGUCUGUCCCGCUUGGCACCACCAUCAACUUCCAGGCACUGGUCAGGUUUCCGAAACCCGAGGAUUGUGCGUGUCUCGCGCUCCUUUGGAGGUAAAGAUAGGCACAGCAAGGUCUGCACCAUUAGGGGUCUGAGGGAUAGGAGGAUUAGGCUCUCCGUGCCCACAGCAAUUCAACUGUAUGAUCUUCAAGACAAGCUAGGGCUCAGCCAACCCAGCAAAGUCAUCGAUUGGUUGCUAGAUGCCUCUAAACAAGACAUCGACAGGUUGCCGCCACUCCAGUUGCCUCCGAAUUUCGGCCAAUUCCACCAGCAAAUCCUAUUCCCACAUGAAUCAUCAAGUGCCAACUCUCAACCUUCCUUGAUCUCUCCGUUUCUCCCCACAAGCUCAACAACAUUCUUGAAGCAUGGGAUCAAGAUCACUGAGAACAGUGUUGAUCACAGGGUUAAUGAUAGCGAAUCUUCGGCAAUGGCAAGGUCAAAGUUUUGGAACAUUGAUACUUAUAACACACUGAGAACAAAGGACAAGGAAGUUGAAACAGAUGAUCACAAUGGUCAGCCUCUUUCUGAGAAGGGCAAGUGGAUUGAGAAUGAUGCAGUGCAUGGCCAUUUGGGAUCAUCAGUCAACUCUCACCAUGGACAAGUAUCUGCUCAGAACUUCUUCCCAAUCGUUAGUUAUUCCUUGAGUGGCAGCACCUUGCCGUACUCCUAUAAUAAUCAAUGGGAGCCUUCGAAUUUGUCAUUGUCUCAACUUGGGACUCACGGCUUUCAAUUGCUACCGGAUCAAAAUCCCCUAAAUUCCGUGUCAGUUGCUUCCUCUUCGGCUCUUCCAUCCGCCACUCCCCAGUUAUACUUCUGCCCAUCUGCGGCAAUGACGCCAAUUUUUCCUUCCUACCCUUCGUAUCUUACCCCUACUGUUGAGACAGAUGCGAGACAACUGAACCAUCUCCAUCUAUUGAGCUCGAGUUCGCAGCAACACAUCUUGCCUACUUCCCUCCUGCCAUCGCUUCAAUUGAUCAGCUCGCCGAUGGGAUUGCCAUUCCAAACGAGCACUAGUGCCAAAUUUCUUCAUCGGCAAGAUGAUGAUGAGAGCGAAGAAGAUGUGGAUGGAAACGGUUCUUGAAUCUCCAAAUAUGAGGAACACCCUCUCGCAUGAAGAUCACUUUGGACGAUGAUCCCCCCAAGAUCUUUUAAUGAGGGUUUAUAAUUCAAUAAUCUCUGUGAGAGAUUGCUGCUUUUAGGAAAUGGUAUGAACAAGAAGUUGCAUUUUUCUUGAAAAAAGUACAUGGACUAAAAAAGCAGCAACAUCGUCAAGGUGGCGACAUUUUUUCUACUGCAGAUUUGUCUCCCACAAGCACAUAAGUGCCUCGUCAUCAUCAAAUUCUGCAACAGAGUAAGGUGCUUCUAUUUAAUGCUUCUUUUGUACCUGGUAUUUUUUAGAGCAGCAUCUCAGUCAUAUAUCAUGGCCAAAUUAUUUGAAGAAAA